CUGACGGACGUGGCGAGCGACCAGUGCGAGCCUGGAGUAGACUGUGCGCUGGCCUGGAAGAGCCUUGAGGUGUGCGGGGCCCCUGGUGGAGUGAGGCUUUGGCGAACAUGGCUCCCAACGCGUUGGCUCCCGAACCGGAGAGUUGGAAGGGUAUCCGGGCCGUGUUACUGGGGCCGCCCGGGGCUGGCAAGGGGACCCAGGCACCUAGAUUGGCUGAAAAGUUCUGUGUCUGUCAUUUGGCCACUGGGGACAUGCUCAGAGCCAUGGUAGCUUCAGGUUCGGAGCUGGGAAAGAAGCUGAAAGCAACAAUGGAUGCUGGGAAACUGGUGAGUGAUGAAAUGGUUGUGGAGCUCAUUGAGAAGAAUUUGGAGACUCCCUCAUGCAGAAAUGGCUUUCUUCUAGACGGCUUCCCUCGGACUGUGAGGCAGGCUGAAAUGCUCGAUGACCUCAUGGAGAAGAGGAAAGAGAAGCUUGAUUCAGUGAUUGAGUUCAGCAUCCCAGACUCCCUGCUGAUCCGGAGGAUCACUGGAAGGCUGAUUCACCCCAAGAGUGGCCGGUCCUAUCAUGAGGAGUUCAACCCUCCAAAGGAGCCCAUGAGAGACGAUAUCACUGGAGAACCCCUGAUCCGGAGGUCGGAUGACAACGAGAAGGCCUUGAAAACCCGCCUGGAGGCCUACCACACCCAGACCACUCCCCUGGUGGAGUACUAUAGGAAACGGGGCAUUCACUGCGCCAUCGAUGCAAGCCAGACCCCUGACGUCGUGUUUGCGAGCAUCCUGGCAGCCUUCUCCAAAGCCACAUGUAAAGACUUGGUCAUGUUUAUCUAAAAUUGGGUCUAAAGGGUCUCUCUUCUUCCUGUCCCUUAAAGGAAUGGGUGGACAUAGUUAGGUAGGUGGAGGGAGACGCCUUCCUUAGACAGCAAGGUGAUCUUCUAAUGUUCUGAUUAAAAAGCACUUAUUUAAUGUGUCUCGUAUGUGCAGCGCUCAUCUGUGUGUGUAUGGU